GGAUGCUUGGCAAAUGUCCAAAGUUUCUCGAAUGCAAGCCCAAGUUUGCGCUCUUGCCAAGCUUUCUGUCUCUUUCGCAGUAUCGUAAGUGCAUGCAGCCUUGAAUAGGACAACUUCAAGUCCGCCAUCAAAAUAGAACUUGGCGAAAAAUGGUGGCCACGCCUCUACUCAUGGGGGCUCCCAAGGUCAAACCCAUGACUCUCUGGCAUUACCUCGCCGUUUUCAUUGUUUCCCUCUGGAAGGCUUUGGCUAUGAUAUUUCUGUUCCGCAAUGUCUUCGUUUACUACAAUGCUUCAACGGUAGACCACAUCAUUGAAGAGUGCACGCAAGAGAACCCCGACGAAUUGCAAACCGACAAUUACAUGUGCCACUACAUGUCCUUGUGGAUCAAAUACUUCCAUUUGAGCCAUGAUGACCUCCGAGGCUUUGUCCACAACUUCCUCUUGCUCACCAUCAUUUUCAGCCUUCACUUCAUUGUUAGCAGCUUCAUCCUGUUGAUGGGUGGUGUGGUCCGGGGCAACCAUUUGUCCUAUGUCCCAUGGUUGGUGACCAUGCUCAUGAUGAUUAUGAUCUUGACCGUACUGAUCUUGGGGGAAGUGGCACUCACCCAAGGCGAGAAUUCUGCCAUCGUCAAACUCGGUUGCUCAGGCACGUACUUGAUCUUGAUCUUGGUCUUUGCCAUUGUGAGCUGGAUCCUGGUCCUCACGGCUUGCUUGCAGAACAAACAAAGUCUAGAACGCACCAAAGUCCAUUCAAGAGAGCGAAGAUUCGACUAUUACAGAUUCUUCUAAACCGCAGACUUUUCGGUAAACAAUUCAUUGUACGAAUAUUACAUUACUUACCAAAAUAAAUACUGUAUUGGGCAAAA